AUGGCAGCGCAGACAUUUCAGCAGGAGUACAUGCAAAUGCCUCCGAUAACAAGGGCAUAUACGACAGCCUGCGUUUUAACUACAUUAGCAGUGCAACUGGAUCUGGUCAGUCCGUUCCAGAUAUAUUUUAAUCCAGAAUUAAUAUUCAGACAGUAUCAGUUAUGGAGGCUAGUCACCAGUUUCCUGUAUUUUGGUCCCAUUGGGUUCAACUUCUUGUUCAACAUGAUAUUUGCCUACCGUUACUGCCGGAUGCUUGAGGAAGGAUCAUUCAGAGGCAGAACUGCUGAUUUUUUUUUCAUGUUUUUGUUUGGUGGCUUCUUCAUGAUUAUUAUGGCACUGUUUGUGAACCUUGUGUUCUUAGGCAGUGCAUUUACUAUUAUGUUGGUUUAUGUUUGGAGCAGACGAAAUCCUUACAUACGGCUGAAUUUCUUUGGUUUGAUGAAUUUUCAGGCACCAUUUUUACCAUGGGUUCUGCUCGGAUUUUCAUUACUUCUGGGAAAUUCAGUCAUUAUUGAUCUUAUGGGUAUUGCAAUAGGGCAUGUGUAUUUUUUCUUGGAAGAUGUGUUUCCACAACAACAAGGAGGAUUUAAAGUUUUAAGAACACCAGCAUUCUUAAAAUAUUUAUUAGAUCCUCCUGCCGAUCAAGAUGACUACAAUCCUCUGCCAGAAGACAAUAAUGGAUUUAACAGAGGAUUUCGACACAGGCAAGAUCAAGGUGAACAGCAAGAUCAAUGA